CCCCUCCACACGCUGACAGUCUCUCUGCUCCCUUCCAGUUCAGGCAGACCAGCGCCGUCCGUCUUGGCUGCUGGGGACGUGGCCUCCUUCCCCGUAGCUCUGUCUGGUGGGAAGUCCACCUCCAUCUACCACUGGCAGAUCGCUCAAGCCCACGGACAUGUGGCAGCCCUGAACAUGUUGCACAGGCAGAAGCCGCUCCACACGGUGCCUUCUGGGCCAAGCCGCAGUCGAAGAGCAUCCACUACGCAGGCUACGGGCCGGGCAGACGGAGACGGUGAUGCCGAAAGGUGAACUGGCUCAGGAGAGGUUCCUCCUUUUCUACCUCAGGUGAGCAGGACCCAGAGAGGCAAACCACCUACCUGGCUUUCAGGUUCAGGAGAUAAGCAGGCUCUACGCAAGGGAUCUUGGAGGGAGCUGGACGUCUCCCAUUUGAAUCCUCCUUCCUACUGGGAAGAUGGUGACCUCCCCUCCACCUGUUUGCCACAG